AUGCCAAAAAUAGCUGGUCCGGAAAAGGCUGCUCGACAGCUCAAAAACACUCUUGAGAAACUUCAUCGGCGAUUGUAUCAGGAAGAAUUCAGCGUUAUUGCACUACGCAAAAAUAUGGAAUUCAUGCCUCUGGACAUCGAUUACGAUAUACAUUGUAAAAAGAGGAUGCUGGAAAGCAGUGUCCAGGAUGCAUUUCUCAGAUUUAUGGCUUCACUAAUGCAUGGAUACACUACGUAUCUCAGGCCAAUUCGCUGUGCUCCUCGAUGUGUUGGGGCCACGGAUACUGGGUCACUUUUCGAUCUGGAUGCUUUCCUUCGUUCGCGUGACAAGUCGUCUUUCGAAUUUUUCAAACGCUUCAGUGAGACGCAGUCGUUCAAUCGUUUUAUCGAAGAGCGAUCAUUUGUUUCGGAUAAAAAUGCAUACAACGCCUUUUUUGAUGAAUGCAUCGCAAAAAUAUCUCAAAGCGGUCACUUUUUUAUCAUAAUUUUGGGACUAGCUUUUGAUUUCCGUUAA